AUGUCUCUACUAUCGUUUGAACUGAACAACGAUGUGUAUGAUCUUGCAAGCGACAUCGAUGGAAUCAUCCAUGUCGCAUCCGAUGAGCAUUCCGCCACAUCGCUCAUACUUGCCAAUCUGGUGGCCCGCCGAAUGCGCGAAUUCCAAGACAACGAGGACAAUUUUACCGGCUCUGGGACUGCUCCAACAGAUCUCUUGUUAAGUCUUAGCUCAAAUGAUACCGACGACGUUAGCCACGAAUUCCUAAGGGGCAUAGCCAAUUCUAUGGAUCUUACGACAAUGCCGGAAGACUUGUUGUUUCUAGUUCUCCCGAUGCUGCUGCAUGUUGAUACGAAACUUCCAACCCCCGAAGACAUUCAUGCUCUGCAUGAAUUUGCUGAAGCAUCGUCGAUGCACCGAGAGCAUGUGGAAACAUGGUUGAGAUCUGAUCCGGCCCAAAGCACACUUGAACAAGUUUUCAAACCAUGGAUGAACUACUACAGCUUCAAACCUGCAUACCAAUGCAGAGAUGAGAUUGCGGCUUACAAGGCUAGCCGAGGUGGUGCUGGGUUUAAUUAUGCGUAUGAAUUCGUGAAAGAAUGUCAAUGUACAAGCUGUCUCUCACUUCUCGGCAAUCUUGGCUUGGUUGAUUUCAGAAAUUACGAUCAAAAUGGGAGGAGCUUCCUUCAUGCAGUUAUUGAGGGCGGAGAUGUUGAAAGUGUAAUGUUCAUUGUCGCUAUCUUGCUGAAAGGAGGCUUGGAUCCUCGGCACUUUCCCACUUCUAUUGAUGGGAUGUCUAUUCCCCACCAUGUCGCUUUGAUGCACGACAAUGACGCUUUUAGAGGAGUCGUUGAGUUUCUAGAGGAUGCUGGCUACCCUCUAUCUGUGUGGAACGAUGAUGGCCUCAAACUCGAACUAUGCAGCUUUAUCACAGCUGAUAUGGCUGAACGCCUCCUGUCGAAAGGAUUCAAUAUCACCAAGCUCCCAAGAAAUACCCUUCCAAUGUAUCUACCAGAGGAGGAUGAUCCCAAGUACGACUCCGACGAGGAGUGGGACCACGAUGCAGAAUAUGGUGAUCCUAUCAUCCGGGGCAAAGAUUUCGACCCCGACAGUGACAAACUCGACCCAAAAUCCAUUCAAUAUGAUGCUCUUGCUGUCAAUCCCAUCGAACUCCAUCCUACCUCUCGAACUAUCUGGCACCGGGCAAUCGAAAACCCCGAAGGUCCCCGAAUUCUCGACUGGCUGUUGGAUCACUCGUAUACCCAGCCAGGGUGUCGGACCGACUUCGACCGCGAAACCGGCGAGACAGCUCUGGUAGCAGGCGCAAGAGGAGACGAGCCAGCUGGCAUUGAUUGGUUCUGUCAGCACUGUGAUCCCAUGGCAGGGCGGGUCCGAAAUUCCCCGGAUAACGAGGGCGAUGAGAGCACAGGUGCUUAUGCGUUACAAGUAGCAGCUCACAACCUGCGGCCACGUUGCGAUGUCAUUUUCAAAAAGCUUUUGCGUCAUGUGGACCAGCAGUUUUACUGGGAUGUUUCUAUGAUCAAGGGCUUGUACUGGUUGAUUAUCAAGAAUUAUCGAGAUAUGUACCAGAGGUUGGAAGAUCAUAAGGAGCCAGGUCGUGAGAGAGCUCAACAGAUGGCUCUCCUGCGCUACCUCACUUCGUCGAAAACCAAAGCGCUGAAUAACAGGUUGGAGCCUUUCUGGGAUACAUGGGGGCCGUCUGAACAGCGGAACUGGCUCAUUCAGUACUGUACGAUUCUUAGGUUAAAUUUCCUGGUGAAAGAUUUAAGUUCGGAUAUCUGGGAUGAUUCUGAUUAG